AUGUAUCUAGACCAUUUACUGGGGAUCUGUAUACGAUCACACGCUUAUAAAGUUCCUGCAUCGCUAGAAAGUGCUAUUAUCUAUCUAUCUAUCUAUCUAUCUAUCUAUCUAUCUAUCUAUCUAUCUAUCUAUUUCUGUUCAUAUCUAUCUCAUUCAUUUCAUAUCUAUCUAUCUAUCUAUCUAUCUAUCUAUCUAUCUAUCUAUCUAUUUCUGUUCAUAUCUAUCUCAUUCAUUUCAUAUCUAUCUAUCUAUCUAUCUAUCUAUCUAUCUAUCUAUCUAUCUAUCUAUCUAUCUCAGUCUGUUUAUAUCUAUCUAUCUAUCUAUCUAUCUAUCUAUUUCUGUUCAUAUCUAUCUCAUUCAUUUCAUAUCUAUCUAUCUAUCUAUCUAUCUAUCUAUCUAUCUAUCUAUCUAUCUAUCUAUUUCUGUUCAUAUCUAUCUCAUUCAUUUCAUAUCUAUCUAAUUCUGUUCAUAUCUAUCUCAUUCUUUUUAUAUCUAUCUAUCUAUCUAUCUAUCUAUCUAUCUAUCUAUCUAUCUAUCUAUCUAUAUGUCUAUCUAUCUAUCUAUCUAAUUCUGUUCAUAUCUGUCUCAUUCUGUCCAUAUCUAUCUAUCUAUCUAUCUAUCUAUCUAUCUAUCUCAUUCUUUUCAUAUCUAUUUAUCUAUCUAUAA